AGUUUCAAGUGACGAUAUACAAAGAAUUCUCAGUCGUUCGUCAGCCACAGUACGUGACGGUGCUGUUACUCCACGGUGCCGUCCCUGUUUAUUUUCCACCCUUCGAUCAAUUAUCCCUUAUCACCCCCCUCCACCCGAUAAACAAAACAAACACAUAAAAGUGGAUAAACGAGCGAAUGUAUAAACAAUCAAGAUGGUUAAAACAAAGCAGUGAGUGAUGAGGAGAAUAGUGAAUAGAGGGGACAAAUUAUUGAACUGUUGACGGAUCCUUUCAUCGACUGUGAUAGGUACCAUAAUAAAAAACAUCAAUUAAUAGGGCAGAGUCUUUGUCACGCGAAAUUGAAGAUUUGUUGGUGAUUAUUAUUAUUAUUUUUUUUUUUUGAGGAACUUUUGCCAGUUCCGUGUGUUAUCAGACGUACGAUUAGUCCACCGAAAAUAACGUGCCCCUCGGAGUCAAUCCCCUCCUGCCUCCCUCCAACAGUUCUUGGGUUAUACAUUUAGAGGGAUUGACCAAUGAACAGUGGUAAAGUGCAAGUUAUAUCGCGAGGAACGGCGAGACGGCAGCCAGUGACACUCAUUCUUGGAUUUUAGAGGAAUUUAACUGAAGCUGGUCGAGCACGUGCUGAUACCUGCGACUACAUAAGUGUUAUGAAACUAGUGCCGACGAUCCAAUUGCCGCAACUACCGCCAGUCACCGCCGCUGGCGGCAUGACGGGAAUGGACUCACGUCUCCCACCAGGGAUAUCCCUGCCUUUCAGUCCCACAGAUCUACUAUGGCGAUAUGGACCAACCAUGAGCUUUCCACCCACUUCACAUCCAUCAUCUGGCUCACUGUUGGAUUUUAAAAACCACUUGCCAUCGAGUCUCGCUUCAGAUCCACGUGUAUGGUCUCGCGAUGAUGUGACAACAUUUCUGCGUUGGGCGGAACGUGAGUUUGAACUCCCUUCAAUCGACAUGGAUAUGUUCCAAAUGAAUGGAAAAGCCCUUUGUCUUUUGACGAAAUCUGAUUUUGGGGAGAGAUGCCCAGGGGCUGGUGAUGUACUUCACAAUGUCCUUGGUAUGUUGGCACGUGAUUUUAAUCAACUCCAGAGAUGUCUACCCAGUAGUCCAGUGACACCCACACGACCAUCGGCAUAUCCACUGAGUCCACACUCGCAUCCACCAACACCAACGUGGGUUGAGAAUCCAUACGCCGCUAAUUUAGCAUCACUCAUGUCAGCCAAUUCUGUGACACUAUCGCCAGCACCUUCGGUGGACAGUCAGGCUGGGUCACCGGGUCACACUGAGAAUGGCCAUACGCAGAUUUAUAAGAGUGACUCUGAUGAGGAUAAUCAGCAGGGGAGUAGCAGUCCACCAGCCACACCAACGGCACUUACUGCGCAGAGGCUCAGUGAAGUUUGUGUUAAGGACCAACCGAGUCCCACUUUAUCGUCCCAAUUGAUGCCACUUACGCCUGGUGGCUUUAGGCCUGGCUCUAAUGCACGAGAAUUCUUCCCCAACGACUCACCCGAACCCAAUACAAAUGGAAGACUUUUAUGGGACUUCCUCCAGCAACUAUUGAACGACCCCAGCCAGAGAUACACCCAUUACAUCGCGUGGAAGAGCCGAGAAACCGGUGUAUUCAAAAUAGUUGAUCCCCCCGGACUGGCAAGACUCUGGGGAAUCCAGAAGAAUCAUUUAUCAAUGAAUUACGACAAAAUGAGCAGGGCACUGCGUUAUUACUACAGAGUUAACAUACUGAGGAAAGUCCAGGGAGAACGUCAUUGCUACCAAUUCCUUCGUAAUCCAACAGAGUUGAAGAAUAUUAAGAAUAUAUCUCUCCUUCGUCAACAAAUGAGAAUAAAAUCCGAGCCCGAUGAGGACAAUACGAUAUCAAACGGCAUGGAGCCGGAAGUUGACAUGCCAACGGAUCUCUCAAUGUCAAGUAUGAAUCAACCCUCGUGUGAACAGUCACAUGUACAACCUCUACCACUUCUCGAUCCACCAGCGAAAUAUCGUAGCCACGCUUACAAUCUCGUUAAAACUAAUCAAGAGCCGGAAGAGAGGAAGUGACGUGAGACUUAACAGCGACUAGAAAUGAAACGAUUUAACUCUCACUGUUGCUUGACAAUCGUCGCUGUUACGUUCAAGUUGAUAUUUUGGAACGAUUAGGGAAGGGUGGGGGGGGAGG